GCUAGUGUUUGGACAAGAUUUGGAGCAUCGUCCGUCGAAUGGACAGACUGGUUUUCUUACACCAAGUUUUGGAUAUGAAACUGAAGCUGAACUUGCGAAUGACCUUGUGCACGGACAACAUGAACAGAAUCUGUACCCUCCUUUUGUUUUUUGUUUCUGGUUUGACACAAGAUUCACCCAAUCCAACGUUGUUUCUGAUCUCGGCUCCAGAGAUCCUGCAUGCUGGUUCACCCACUCCUAUCGCUAUCACUGUUUUUGCUGAUUUCCCUGGCAAUUUAACAGCUGAGGUGGAACAUGGGAACACUAAAGUAGCACAAACAGGGAUCUUCCAAGGAGGUGUGACCAGCGUCUUCAUGCUUCCACCUUUUCCUGGCUCUUUAUCGCAAAAUUCACUAUUAAAUUUAACUGUGAGGGGCUACAGGGAGAAUCGUCUCCUUUUCACAAACACCACCACCCUCACCUUCAACCCUUGGACGGUUUCCUCCUUCAUACAAACCGACAGAUCAAACUACACACGGGGAGACACCGUCAAAGUCAGAGUUGUCUCUUUCCAGCUGGAUAACAAACCAUACAAAGGAAGGGUGCACAUUUCACUACUGGAUCCCAGUGGGAAACCUGUUGACAGCUGGAACUCCACAGGGAAUCUGGGGAUUGUCUUAAAAGAAUUCCGUUUACCCCAGUCGUCUCGUCUUGGACAGUGGGUGAUCACAACAACAGUGAACGGAGUGACUAAUAAGAAAUCAUUCAUUGUGGAGCAUCAUGAUGGAGGGGCUCCUUCUUUUGAUGUGAUGGUCAAAACAUCCUCUCAAGUCCUUCUUGGAGAUGACAUCUCAGGAUCAGUGAGAGCACUUUAUUCCCAUGGACAACCUGUACAUGGCACAUUGGAUGUCAUGUUGAAGGCUUUUAUAAACAACAGAACCUCUCCUUCUCUGCAAACCCAAACCAAACAGAUCUAUGGGUCCGCACAGUUUUUCUUCAGCAGAGACCAGCUUCAGUCUCUAUACUCCUCCUCAGCAACUAGCAACAACAGCCACAUUUUGCACAUUGCUGCCCAGGUCAAUGAUAGCACCACAGGAUUAACUGUGAACAAAACUGUUGAAGUCCAUGUAUUGCCAAACAAAUUCCAGCUCACGUUCCUCAACUUUCCAUCAACUCUGAAGCCAUCCUUAAACUUUACAGCAAAUCUAAGGAUUGUUAGAUAUGACAGACAGUCUCUCAGCUCGUUGGAUUUGAAGCACUUUGCUGUGGUUCAGGUCACUCAGAGAACCUCUUUGAUUUACUCAACAACUAUGAGUCUAACUCUCCCUGUGCCUAAGAAUGGCAACAUACUCAUACAGUUUCAAUUACAACCUCAAGUGGAGAUGCUUUUCAUAGAGGCCAGAUUCCAGUCCAAUGAGGAGACUCUGAGGAUGUACGCCAACUACUCCUCUCCCACUGGCUCAUAUAUUCAGAUCAUCCCAGUCAACACAUUACCUACACAGAUUGGAUUGCCACUUCAACUUAAUGUGGAGAGCACCAACAUACCAGAGAGACUUCACUUUGUGGUGAGCUCUAAAGGUCAGGUGGUAGCUGCUGGGACAGAAAGCUUCUCUUCGUCUGUCGCUCUCACGCCAGAGCUGUCCUGGUACCCUGAGGCCUGUGUCACUGUCUACUACAUGCAUCCUGAUGGAGAAAUUAUCACUGACACAAUCUACAUUUCUAUCCAGCAGUACAAUAAUGUGGGAAAAUAUAUUUUAUUUAUAAUUUUUUACAAUAACGUUAGCUUCAAUACUGUUUUAUUAGAAAUACAUAAAGCUCCUUCUGGGUGUGCUGGUGGUAGAAUGUUCACCUGCUCUUCUCAGGUAACUCUACACUGGGGCAGUGAGAGGGCCCAACCAGGUGAGCAGGUAUCGCUUACUGUGGCUGCCAGUGAAUCCAUGUUUCAAGUAUUAAUCACAGUCACAGCGAUGCAAAAUGAUGCCCUGCAGUCUGAUCUGGACCCCAGAGUUGAACAGAAAUGUAAUCUUAGGAUGAUGACCAAUGCAAGAUUUUAUAUGAAAAACCAAGCAGAUGGGCUUAAAAAUGAAGGAGAUAAAUAUACCAGGUUAAUUUUAGAGCAAUACUGGAACCACUGGGUGGACGCUGCUGAAUCUCUGCUAUGGUUGGACACAAAUGUUAGUGAUAAGAGCUGGACCAGUGGAAAAAUAACAGUACCUGAUGGUGUCACCGCUUUAGGAGCUGUAGCUCUAGUAAUGUCAGAGAACCUGGGUUUGAGUUUCACUCCUGUGGCACAAAAGCUGACCAUAUCCAAAGAUUUCUCUUUGUCUCUUGUUGUCCCCCCACUUCUCGUCAGAGGGGAGGAAAUUGUCCUGGAAGUAAAUGUUAUCAACCAUUUAGAGCAAGACACCGAGGUGAUCGUGUUGGUAGCACAGAGUGAAGCCUUUGAGUUUGUUUUAAUGAACCGAAGGGGUGCGUCUGUUGUAAAUGCUCAGAAGCUUACCUUAGGAAGUCAUGCGUCUGCCUCAGCCUUAUUCCCUAUCAGGGCUUUGGCUGUUGGCGAGAUGGAAAUAUCCGUGGAUGCUGUGUCUGCAGAAGCCUCUGAUGGUCUUGUUGGAAAAAUCUGGGUCAAGCCUGAAGGAGUUGAACAGACCUUCUCUCACACUCUGUUCUUGGAAGGGCCACUAGAGAGACAAGACUUUUCCAGAUCUCUGUCCUUCUCUUUUCCUCCAAAUCUGGUACCAGGAAGCCAGAGGGCCCAUAUAGCACUGGUUGGUGAUUUCUUGGCUUUGUCAAUUGAAAAUUUGGAUUCACUGGUUCAGUUCCCUACUGGGUGUGGAGAGCAGAACAUGAUCCACUUUGCACCGAGUGUCUAUGUUCUCCAGUACCUAGAGAAGUCAGCCCAAGAUGAUGCAGAAAUCAGAAGCAAAGCUCAAAGCUACUUGAUGCAAGGUUAUGAGAAACAACUUUCUUACCAAAGAGAUGACGGCUCCUUCAGUGCCUUUGGAAAAAGUGACAUCUCUGGUAGUACCUGGCUGACAGCCUUUGUGCUGCGAUGCUUCCUCAAGGCUCAGCCAUACAUGCAGAUAGACCAGACAGUCUUAACCAAGGCCACAGCCUGGCUCUUAAAACACCAAGGUUCCCAAGGGGAGUUUACUGAGGUUGGCAAACUUAUCCACACCGAGAUGCAGGGAGGGACUGAUGAUAGCUCAGUGGCUCUCACCGCUUAUGUGCUUCUGGCAUUUCUGGAGGACAAGGCCUAUUCUGAGAUGUAUGCAGGAAAUGUGUCUCUGGCCCUGAGGUACUUGGAGAGCAAAGUGUCCAGUGAUGUGGUCGGCAACUACAGCCUGUGUUUGGUGGCUUAUGCUUUAGCUCUGGGCAGCAGUCCUUUAUUGGAUAGUGUGAUCUCAGAGCUCAGCAGGAGGGCUGAUUACAGAGAUGGAGUCAUGAUGUGGACAAUCUCCAGAGACCCGAGAUCAAACAACCAGCACCAACAUUCAGCACAGAUUGAGAUGGCCUCGUAUGUACUGCUGGCUCUGUUCUUGCGUGGCAACUUCAUUGAAGGUAUCACACUCAUGAAAUGGUUGAGUACACAGAGGAACUAUCUAGGUGGCUUUGGAACCACUCAGGACACUGUAGUCGCCCUCCAAGUGCUGGCUUAUUAUGCUGCAUUCAGUGGAGCAAAUGCCAUCAACCUUAAAUUUAACAUAUCUUCCCCUGUGUCUUCAUCUGCAUUGCUGUUUCACAUCAAUUCGACCAACUACCGGGUUUAUCAAAGCCGAGAGAUUAAUGCUGACAAAGAUUUACCACUAAAUAUUUACAUGAAAGGAAGAGGAUUUGCCAUUUUUCAGCUGAACGUCUUUUACAACGUGAAGACCACACCGGAUGUUGUGCCAGUCACAGAUGAGGACGCAUUCAGAUUAGAUGUUAAUCUUACUGACAGUGACUCCAAUCACAUACUGUUGUCUAUAUGCACAAGAUUAAAGGAUACUCAGGCAAUAGCUCACACAGGUAUGGCUAUAUUGGAAGUGGGCAUCCUCAGUGGUUUUGUUCUUCUCCCUGGAGCUGAGAUCCAGGCGGAUUUUAUCAGGAAAGUGGACAGAGAGCCUCAGAGAGUCAGCCUGUACCUAGAUUCUGUCACCAAGGCAGAGGCUUGCGUCAGACUUCCUUUUGUAAGAAACUAUAAUGUGGCCCAUGUACAGGAUGCUGUGCUGCAGGUUUAUGACUACUAUGAACCAACAAGGAAAACAACAAGGAUGUACAACUCAGAUAGUGUUCACAAGAGAGACUCUUGCUCUUUCUGUGGCAAAAACUGUGACAGCUGUAGGCCUGGAAUAACCAUUGCUGUGAGAUCUCGCUCAACAAUCGCCACUUCCUGCAGCUUGACUUCCCUGUUUCUUGGAGCCAUUGUUUUCCUUGUUUCAGUCUGAAAACAUGAACUGAAAUAAUAUGCGCCUAAUGCAUGCUUAUUUUAUACAAACAGUUGACAAUUGAUUGUAAUAUUUAGGGGACUGUUUGCAUGCUGCUGUUUUUGGUGGGUGCACUUGUGCCCUCUCCUGUUUAAAAUCUGUUUUGAAUUGUUUUUCAAAAGAAAUAAAUCCAUGACUUAUAAUUCAUGUAAGCAGCUCAAUACAACAUUACCAAGCAUAAACGUCUGUAUUUUUUUAUGUUUUCAUUCACUAUUUUAGUCUAUUUUUCAACAUAUGUUUCCAUUUAUCGACUGUCAAGGAACAUCUAAUAAAGAACAUAUGUGUAGAUGGCAAAA